AUGUUCUGCCUUAAUUAUCCGAAAGCAGGAGGUGGUUGCGAGGAAGUCAGAAACGACAUGCGUCUCACCGCCUUCCUCUGUCGGGGUAAACGUAUUCAUCGGGACAAGCUAGAGUAUUUACGAAAACAAUUUUGGAGGCACACAGUUUCGAAGAUGGAGGUUGAUCGUUUGCGGGUGCCCGAUCGAGUGCUCAGGAGUUCACAAGCACCUUUCAGACAGGCUGAAGAUAUGUUCACUUCUACGCGGUACGAGGACGUUUUAGCUCAGGAAAUCGAAUUAGGUGUCAACCCAGAAGAUGCGGCACGGAUUGCUCAAGACAGAUCAGCUCGGUCAGAACUCUGGUCCCCGUUUCGCAAUGAUUUCCGAUAUCAUUCGGGCAAUCAAGAACCCACUUUGAUGUUUUCGGGCCGGCGAAGACUAACCAAGGGAUUGGAUCAAGCUGGUUUAUUGACAAAUACCGCCAUUGUCGAGGGCCCACCUCCCGUAAUGAAGAACGUUAGAGAUAAUUUAGAUAGCCUGAUCUUGAGCAACCGCGCAGAUAUGUCUGAGCAAGACAGUGAAUGGCGAAUGGUUUUGCGCAAUGCAGUCGAACGUGCAAUCUUACACGCACAUGUCUGGCACACAGAUGAAACCAAACUACCACGUCGGUUUUGUCCUGAAUUACCUAUUUGGCACCAUAAAACGGAGUAUGGCAUUCACCCACAAUUGGCCACGCGAUUCCUCUUCCACAAUUUGUUUCGUCUACUAAAUACGCAAGUAAGUACCGAUCUCGGUUUUUCUGUGCUAGUGUGUCGCAACCGCCUUGAAUAUUGUCUAUUAUUAACAUAG